UGUAUGGACCACGGAGUAACACUCGUGGCAACUCAUCUCCCAGGCGAGGAGAACGUCACAGCCGACGCUCUCUCCAGGGGGUGGGUCGUUCCGACGGAAUGGACACUGCGUCCGCAGGUUGUCCAAUCACUUUUUCUGUUGAUCGAUCGGCCUCAUGUCGACCUAUUUGCCUCUCGAAACAACCACCAGUUACCGGUAUACUGCGCAAGACACAACGACCCUUGCGCAUGGCAGACAGACGCACUGGCAAUACGGUGGGACAGACUACUUGCGUACGCCUUUCCCCCGUUCUCCCUCAUACCGCGAGUACUGACCAAAGUGGAACAGGAGGAGUGCAAGAUCCUCCUCAUAGCUCCAUUUUGGCCACGCCAACCUUGGUUCCCGAGACUCAUCAAGCUCUUGGUUCACCGCCCGGUGAUUCUUCCGAAGAGGGCAGACAUACUGUUCCAGCCCAGCUCGGGUUUUCUUCACCCGGCCCCGGAGGAUCUCCACCUGACGUGCUGGGUAUUAUCAAGCAAUCCUUCCGCACGGCGGGCCUUUCUGAACGAGCUGCGGCCAUUGCAGCCUGCAGCCGGCGGGAGUCUACCAGGAAAAUUUAUAACAGUAGAUUACACCAUUUUUACAAAUGGUGUAGAGCCAGGUCUCUGCGUCCCUCCGAUACUUCUAUAGGAGAGAUUGCAGACUUCCUAGUAGGCCUCUUUGACAGUGAUCUUGCUACAGCCACAGUUAAGAAUUAUCGUUCGGCUAUAGCGGCUAUUCAUGGAGGUUUCUCUGACGGUUCCUCGGUGUCAGAUAAUCAGAAUCUUAGCCAACUUAUCAAGGGGAUGUUUGUGUCACGCCCCCCGACACGUAGGCUAUUACCAUCGUGGGAUCUCUUUGCUGUCUUAUCAGCCUUAUCGAGACCCCCGUUUGAACCAAUGGGCAGCUCAACCUUGUUGCAGCUGUCGGUUAAAGUGUCAUUUCUAUUAGCAGUGGCUACGUCUAGAAGACGUAGCGAGCUGCAUUCGCUUACGGUGGAGACAGGUCAUAUCCGGUGGGAACCAGGGGGUGUUCGCCUGGUUCCUAAAACAGGUUUUCUGACCAAAAAUCAGUCAGAAUCAUUUUCACCUCCUGACAUUUUUGUGCCGGACAUCAAAUCCUUUUCGUCUGUCUCUGGUGACAGACUUUGGUGUCCGGUCAGAGCCCUGAAGUGGUACAUUGAUAGAACUAAAACGCUCCGAAGCGGCCAUUCACAGCUGUUUAUAACAACGACUCCACCAUACCGACCGGCCUCGCGUGAUACAAUUUCCCGCUGGUUGGUUACGGCCAUCAAAUCAGCAAUAGACUCACCAACAACAGAUUCCGUUGGGUCAGUCCAUGCACAUGAGGUCAGGGCAGCUUCUACUUCCUGGGCCUUUUUUAAGGGUGUUUCUAUUAAAGAUAUCACACAGGCAGCGUGUUGGAAAACCCCCAACACCUUUACAGAGUGCUAUUUGAAGGAUGUCCUCCAGACGGAAGGCAGAGCCGGGAGAGUGGUGCUGAAGGCGGCGAGCCGAGCAUCAUCAGGUCCACAGGAUCCUCUCCUACCCGGGGCUUCCCUAGAAUAGGUGAGUCUCCUCAUCCUGGCUAUUUACAUUAUACAUUACAUUGUAUUGAAUAUAAAUGUAUAGCUAAACACUCUUGUAAUAAGGUCAUUGGUCUUGGACAAGUUACCUUCUUUUUAUACAGUUUGCCUUGUGCAUGGGCUUGGUUUGAAGUGUUUUAGAACUUGCUUUAAGAAGUGUCGUGUACUAACAGUACUCUUCUUUGCAGGAUUCAGCUGUAUUAUAUAUUAUAUUUAUUAUUAUAUAAUACUUUACAUUAUGAGACGUUCCCCCUAACGAGGGCUGACGUCUCGAUUAACAUGUGAGGGUAAUUAAUAUCCUUUACAUGUACAGUUCUUGGUUUUUUCCCUGUCCGCCUUUGGACGGAACAGUGGGAGCCAUCUGGGGUUACAUUCCAUGUUUCAUGCCCCCGUGAGUAAGCAAUAGCAUCUCGCAUGGCCCACCU